UUAUUAUUAGAUAUACAUAGCUUUUUUUUUUCCUUUUUCAGUUUAAUGUAUAAACGAAAACAAACAUUAGAGAGAUCAGAAAAAAUAAAACAACAAAAAACAGUUGCAUCCAAAACGAAUAAUGAGCCUUGGAUGCAGAUCUUUUCUGAUGCUCGAGAAGCAUUUAACCAAAAUCAAUUUAAAGAUUCGGUUGCCUUAUUUACUCGUGCUUUAUCCCUAAAGCCUAAUCAUAUCACACUUCUUGACUGUCGUGCAGCAUCCUAUGAGAAAUUAAACGAAAUGGAACUUGCCACUCGUGAUGCUGUUCAAAUGGUUAAAUUAGCAUCUACCGAUGCAAGAGGCUAUUUGCGGCUUGGCAAAAUAUUAUCACUUGAAAAAAAAUACGAUAAAGCGAUUCAUAUUUACACUCGUGCUUUAGAUAAAGUAAGCCCACAAGAUAAACGAUAUAAUCAGAUUGUAGCCAUAAAGGCAAUAGCAGAAAAGAAAGCAAAAUCUGACCAUGUUCAAGAUUUUAUGAACGUCUUGCCUUAUGAUAUCAUUUCACUUAUCUUUUCUAAAUUGUCUUUUGAUCGUCGCAUUCAAUGUACAGCUGUAUCAAGGAAUUGGCGUGCAUUUGCUUUGAACUGGUCAGGCAUGUGGCGUGAUUUAGAAUUUGGACAUCAAAAAAUAUCUCUUACAACAAUUAAAAACUAUUUGGGUUAUGCCAAGGGCCGUCAUGUAAGACGAUUUGCAAUUAUGGAUGUUGAUCAAAAUAAAAUGAAAAAGAUCCUUCAAUUGUUGAUUGAUGAGAAUUGUCAAUAUAUAGAAAUUCUAGAUUUCGUACGUUGUGAGAUACCAUUGACUUUAUUUUUAAGAAUGUUAAGAUUGGUAGGAAAACAUGUUCAAAGUAUUAGGAUUGACGAAGGGAAUUUGACAGUAGUAGAUGUAAUAAAGUACAUCUUACCAGCGUGCCCUCAUUUAACUCAUUUAUCUAUGAUUGGUAUUGAAACUGGUUCUGUAAUCUAUGAUGAUCUUCUCACUCAGCCCUUACCUAAUUUAACUCAUUUGAGGCUUUCAAUAAAUGAUGAUAUUACACUUGCAAAAUGGAUUUUAAAUAAAUGCAACAACUUAUCAUUCUUGGAUUUUUACACAUUCAAUAUUAAUUUUAUCGAUUUGGCAGAAACAUUCACAGAUCCUGUACUCCUAUCCAGCCUGAAAACCUUAAAUUACACUUUUGGAUCAAAUUAUCAAAUCAAGACACAAUGGUAUUCAACGGUGAACGCUGAGAGACAAAACACUCAGACAAAAAAAGAGGGUUUAGAAGCAUUUGGCAUCUACGGUGAUUUAUCAUUUACAGGGCCCAUGUUAGAACUCAUUAUAAGAAAAUGGUACAAAAGUUUAAAGCAACUAACUAUAGUAGACUGUCGAUCUUUGGAUAAUACAUUAGCUAGACUAGCUAUAGAGCCUGGAUUACCUUGUAUAGAAAUAUUAAGCAUAAACGCUUGUAUUUCAUUAGAAGAAUGGAAUUUACAUUCAAUCAUAUCUUCAUGUCCUACUAUACAAGAUUUAUCCAUUUCUUGGAACCCAGGUGUUACUGACAGUAUUAUGAAUGAUUUAGCAGAAGUUACAAAAGAAUUAAAAAGAUUAGACAUAACACAUUGUAAUAAUGUAACGGGUGUAGGUUUACAUAAAUUAGUUCAAUCACAUCAUCGAACUUUAGAAAAGUUGAUAUUGAAUAAUUGUCAAAGAAUAGGAAUUGAUGCAGUCAAUUGGGCAAUUGAACUUGUCGGUCGUCGAGUUAUUGAAUGUAAAUUUAAUACAUAAUUAUAUUUAAUAAAAGUGAAUAUGCUUCGUUUAUUAGCAUGC